ACCAUUAUCAAACUAAUUCAUUUGGUUUACAGGCACAAGACAAGGCUACAUAUUGGGCAGUUGGUGAAGGAUACUUCUGCUAAACUCAAACAAGCUAGUGAAAUAGAUCAGCAUGGUGAAGUUAGUGCUAGCAAGAAGGUAGCUGAUGCUAAGCUUGCAAAAGAUUUCCAGGCUGUUCUAAAAGAAUUUCAGAAGGCACAAAGGCUUGCAGCUGAGAGGGAAACAGCAUAUGCCCCAUUUGUUCCCCAAGCAGUUCUUCCAUCAAGCUAUGCUGAAAGUGAGAUAGAUGUAAGGUCAGAUAAGAGUCCAGAACAGCGUGCUCUUCUUACAGAAACUAGAAGACAGGAGGUGUUGCUACUGGACAAUGAGAUUGUCUUCAAUGAAGCCAUCAUCGAGGAAAGAGAGCAAGGGAUAAAAGAAGUCCAGCAGCAAAUUGGUGAGGUGAAUGAGAUUUUCAAAGAUCUAGCCGUGCUGGUUCAUGAUCAAGGAGUUGUGAUUGAGGAAAUAGACAGCAACAUUGAGGGCUCAUAUGCUGCUACUGUACAGGCAAAAUCCCAACUUGCAAAAGCAUCCAAGACCCAAAAAUCAAAUUCAUCUCUGACAUGCUUGCUCUUGGUGAUAUUUGGGAUCGUUCUGCUCAUAGUAAUAGUAGUCCUUGCAGCUUAAGUGGCAAAUUUGUUUUCCAGGUCGAUUGUAUUGUUUUUGCCUCAGAUGUCUCUGCUAAUUCCAUCAUGAUAAUGUUCUAUUGGAGAUCCUGGCUGACUGGAUUUACAUAGUAAUUAAACUCGGUCUUUGGAUCAUAAGUUCAAUUGCCAUUGUUUGGGGCUUUGGGUUCUUUCCCUUUUUCCCUUUUGGGUAAGUUGGUGUUUUAGGUUUCUUUUUUCUUUUUUGUUUUUGUUUUUGUUUUUGCUUUUUAAUUUUUUUGUGGGUGGGGGGUUGGUGUGGGCGGGUGGUAAGUGACAUAGUAUAUUGUGUAAUGAUCUGUCUAUUAUCAAUAAAUUCAAAAUUCUUUUGCUUCC